CUCUGUAUCCAGCGAUUUUCUCGUCUUCUGAACUAAAAAUAUCUAUGCUUCUCCUUUCCUAGCUCGCAAAAACUAAUCUAACAAUAUUAUGGCUUCUCUUCGUCUGCUCCACUUCUGUACCUGCAAAGACGAUCAGUUUCAACUGCAACACUUUCACCAAUGGCGAAACAACCUCUCCAGCAUCUCCAUUCACAAACGUCGAAUCUCACUUCUUCAUGAUUCAUUGUUUCUGGACAAAUCCCGAUCUCCUGACAGACAGUCAUGUCGAAUAGUUUGCCGUGUUUCUUCCCAAAGCAUAGAGGAAGAGAAGAAGAAGAUGGUGACGUUGACACCUGGACGAGGAAAAGUGUGGCUCUGUGUUCGAUUGGAUCACCAAGUUGAGUUUGGCGAGCACGUCGCUCUGUUAGGUUCGACCAAGGAGUUGGGAUCAUGGAAAAAUAAAGUGAAGAUGAAUUGGACGGAGAAUGGAUGGGUAUCUGAGUUGGAAUUGAAAGGGGAUCAAUCAGUUGAAUUCAAAUUCAUGAUUGUGGGGAAUAGUAAUAAGAGUGUGGUUUGGGAAAAUGGCGAUAAUCGUGCACUGAAGCUGCCCAAAGAAGGCGUUUUUAAGAUGUUAUGUCACUGGAAUAUGACUGGAGAGACUGUGAAUUUAUUGCCUUUGGAGGGAGAGGGUACUAGUAGCAAUGGUUCUGUAUUUGUCGAUUCUGCUCCUGUGUCAGGAGGAGAGGGGAGUCCUUUCGUCAAGCAGUGGCAAGGGAGGGCUGCGUCGUUUAUGCAAUCGAAUGUGCAUAGAGACAGAGAAUCAGAGAGGUCGUGGAACACUGAAGGUCUUGAGGGAUUGACGUUAAAGUUAGUUGAAGGUGAUCGGAGUGCCAGGAAUUGGUGGCAGAAGUUAGAAGUUGUUCGUGAGCUGCUCGUAGGAAGUCUGGAAAAUGAGGAUCGCUUAGACGCUCUCAUAUAUUCUGCAAUAUAUCUGAAGUGGAUAAACACAGGACAGAUUCCAUGCUUUGAAGGUGGAGGUCAUCAUAGGCCAAACAAGCAUGCCGAGAUUUCUAGGCUCAUAUUUCGUGAACUUGAAAUAAUUUCUUUCAGGGAAGAUGCAUCACCUCAGGAAGUUCUUGUCAUUCGCAAGAUUCAUCCGUGUUUACCAUCAUUCAAGUCAGAAUUCACUGCAUCUGUUCCCCUGACUCGAAUAAGAGAUAUUGCUCAUCGGAAUGACAUCCCUCAUGAUCUUAAGCAAGAAAUCAAGCAUACAAUUCAAAACAAGCUUCACCGUAAUGCUGGCCCGGAAGAUUUGAUUGCUACGGAGGCAAUGCUUGCAAGAAUCACCAGGAACCCUGGCGAGUAUAAUGACGCUUUUGUGGAACAAUUCAAGAUUUUUUAUUAUGAACUCAAAGAUUUCUUCAAUGCUGGAAGCCUUGCUGAACAACUCGAGUCAAUCAUGGUAUCUAUGGAUGGUCAGGGCUUAUCAGCUCUGACUUCAUUUUUGGAGUGCAAGAAGAGUCUAGACAAAUUGGAAGAGUCUACCAAUUUCUCAAAAGAUGAUGGUCUAGAUCAAUUGAUGAAAACCUUGCAAUCUUUGGCGUUUCUUAGAGCUGUCCUUUUAAAAGGCCUUGAAAGGGGUCUUCAGAAUGAUGCUCCUGAUACUGCAAUAGCGAUGCAUCAAAAAUGGCGGCUUUGUGAGAUUGGCCUUGAGGAUUACUCUUUCGUUCUUUUAAGCAGAUUCCUCAAUGCACUUGAAGCCAUGGGAGGAUCAUCUUGGCUUGCCCAAAGUGCAGGUUCAAAAAAUGUAAGCUCUUGGAGUGAUCCACUUCAUGCCCUUAUAGUUGGUAUUCGCCAGUUGGGACUUUCCUGUUGGAAGCCGAAGGAAUGUAAUGCUAUUGAAAGCGAACUCCUAGCAUGGAAACAGAAAGGUCUAUCUGAGAGAGAAGGAAGUGAGGAUGGAAAAAUCAUUUGGGCGUUGAGGCUUAAGGCUACUCUUGAUAGAGCACGUAGGUUGACAGAAGAAUAUUCUGAAGUACUACUGCAGAUUUUCCCUCAGAAAGUCCAGAUACUAGGAAAAGGGCUUGGGAUUCCAGAGAACACUGUAGGGACAUAUACCGAAGCUGAAAUUCGAGCAGGUGUUAUUUUUCAGGUCUCGAAACUUUGUACACUGCUUUUAAAAGCUGUACGAAGUACUGUGGGAUCUCAAGGUUGGGAUGUUCUUGUUCCAGGAGCUGCAGUUGGUACUGUUGUACAGGUUGAGAGAAUAGUCCCCGGAUCAUUGCCAUCAUCCGUCAGAGGACCUGUUAUUCUUGUGGUUGACAAAGCUGAUGGAGACGAGGAGGUAACAGCUGCUGGCAGUAAUAUAGAAGCUGUGGUGCUUUUACAGGAGCUGGCUCACUUGUCACAUCUUGGUGUUAGGGCCCGGCAGGAAAAGGUUGUUUUUGUGACAUGUGAAGAUGAUGAUAAAAUUGCUGGCAUAAGAGAACUUACUGGCAAAUCUGUGAGGUUGGAAGCAUCCUCUACUGGUGUCGAUUUAUCCACAUCAUUGUUAAACAAUAGCAAAGAUGAUUUUUCUGUAAUUACAACUGGAAAUGGGACUCCAUUCACAGUGGAAGCCCCAGGACCCCAGUCCUCAUGGUCUUCAGUUAAACCACCUUACUCAAGUCAGGAUACCUCUACUGCAGGGGUUAUAGCACUUGUAAAUUCAGAUACUUCCACAUCUGGGGCAAAGGCUGCUGCUUGUGGUUGCUUAGCUUCUUUGGCAACUAUUUCUGAAAAAGUUUACAGUGACCAAGGGGUUCCAGCUUCAUUCCAUGUACCUGCAGGAGCAGUUAUACCUUUUGGGUCAAUGGAGUGGGCAUUAAAAGAAAGCGGAUCCAUGGAAGCCUUCCAAUCACUUCUAGAACAGAUAGAGGAAGCUAAAAUGGAAGGCGGUGAAUUGGACAAAGCAUGCUCUGAACUGCAAGAACUGAUCACAGCUCAGCGCCCUUCAAACAAUAUCAUCAAGAGUAUAGCUGAAAUUUUCCCCGACAAUGCUUGCUUGAUUGUCCGCUCAAGUGCCAAUGUUGAAGACUUGGUGGGGAUGUCAGCUGCUGGACUAUAUGAGUCGAUUCCUAAUGUCAGCCCUUCAAAUCCUGAGGUUUUUGGGCAUGCUAUUGGCAGGGUAUGGGCUUCUCUAUACACUAGGAGAGCAGUUUUAAGUCGUCGAGCUGCAGGUGUGCCCCAGAAGGAUGCUGUAAUGGCUAUACUAGUACAGGAAAUGCUAUCACCAGAGUUGUCCUUUGUCCUUCACACCCUUAGCCCAACAGACCGUGAUAACAGCCUGGUUGAGGCUGAGAUUGCUCCUGGACUUGGUGAAACUCUGGCAUCAGGCAUCCGUGGUACUCCUUGGCGUUUAUCUUCUGGGAAGUUUGAUGGCAAAGUGACCACAAUAGCAUUUGCUAAUUUCAGUGAGGAGAUGUUGGUGCAUGGUUCAGGCCCUGCCGAUGGGGAAGUAAUCCGUUUGACUGUAGACUACAGCAAGAAGCCAUUGACAGUUGACCCGAUUUUCCGCCAACAGCUCGGUCAGCGCCUAUGUGCUGUUGGUUUCUUCCUUGAGCAGAAGUUUGGCUGUCCUCAGGAUGUGGAAGGAUGUGUGGUUGGCACAGACAUUUUUAUAGUUCAGACACGACCACAGCCUUUGUAAGAGGAGCUUCAUUGUUGAUUCUGGCUUUCAUCUGAUAUAAAGCUUUGACGCAGAGCCUUCUGGGUUAUACUUGCAUAAUGAUCACCCACUUUAGUGAUGAGAACUGCCUGCAUUUAUCA